AUGUCCAAGAGAUCUAUUAAUGAAAUCCAGGUUGAUUCUGUAGAAGAAAGUGACUCUCUAGCGAUUGGUUCUUUCUUCAAGGGAUUCCAAGCCCCAGUUGAGACUAAAUUCGAAUUGUACCGUAAGAAGGCCUCUAAGAAGGACUACAUGUUGCAUGGUGAGAAUGGAAGAUUAGAAUACGAAGGUACUACUGAUGACUUAGCUAAGUCUAACCAAUCUGUUGUGGCUAUAUAUAACGCUAAGAAGAAUACAGUUCAAUUAUACAAGACUCCUAUCUUAGUUUCCAAAGUUAUCUCCAAGGCUAACAAGAAUUUGAGAGGACCAUCUAUUAAGAAUGCGGAUGUCAGAGGUUCUGUCUUAAGAAACGCUUUAGGUGAAGCCUUCGGUACAAAGAGAGCCAAAAAGGCCAUUGCUGAUUUGGAGAGAAAUCGUAUUGAUGCUGAUAAAUUAUCUGGUGUUGCUGUUGAUAUUGUAGACGCUGUGAGAACUGCCUCUAAAGAUCUACCAACUAGACAACAAUUGGAGGAAACCAUCUCUAACGAUAGACCUACCCCAUUGGCUAAUGUUGAUGCCACUGAUGUUGAACAAAUAUAUCCUGUAGAGAAUAUAAUAUCUGAAUACGAAAUGCAAUUUAUUCGUGUGGGACAUCUAUUAAAGGAAACAGACGUAGAGAAGAAAUUGGAAUCCUUUCCAUUCUCUUCAAAAUAUAUUGCUAAGAAAUUACCAAUCUUUACACAACCUACUCAAUUACCAAAAUUACAACUACUAUACUAUUUGUCUCUAUUGCUAGGUGUUUACAGCAACAGAAGAGUUAGUAAUAAAGUGAAACUACUAGAGAGAUUGAAUUCUCCACCCGAGACUUUAAUUGAUGGUGUUCUAGAUAAAUUUACUUUGGCUAGACCAGGUCAAUUUGGUAGAUCUAAGGAUCGCUCUUUCUUCAUCGACCCUCAACAUGAGGAUAAAUUGUUGUGUUAUAUUCUAACCAUCAUUAUGCAUUUGGAUAACUUCAUAGUGGAAGUAUCCCCAUUGGCUCAAGAGCUAAAUACAAAACCAUCCAAGAUUGUUGCUUUGUUUAGAGUUCUUGGUGCUAUUGUUAAAGGUGCUACUGUUGCUCAAGCAGACGCUUUUGGUAUUGCAAAGAGUGCUGCCAAUACAUACAAGAUUGCUACUUUCAAGGUUCCAUUUAAAUUACCAGAAAUGGUUAGAAGAGGCAGAGGUCCAAGACGUUGA